AUGAGUCAAAUGUUCAUUGGAAAGAGUGUUCCAUAUUUUUUUUAAAAUUCUUGUAAUCGUUCAUUUUUGCAUAAUUUCAUUUGUGUGCUCCUUCUUUUUUGUUUGUAAUUUGAUCCUCUGCCUUUCUUGUUGAUGAUCUUGUUUUGGAUUGAGACAUUUGAGGAAUUCAGAAUGAGUACUCCUUGAUCAGAUGCUGAAGAAAUAAACCAUGGUGUGAUAUAUUUCUCUGGAGUAAUACAAUAUGUCAUUCUUGCAGUGUUGCACAACAUGCUGAUGGUGGGAUCUCUCUCUUAGCUUUCACCUUGAGAUGCCGUGUGUUACUGGUGAACUUACUUCAAUAGAAUAUUUAUCUUUGCGGCUCUUUUGCAAUAUUUUAUCUUCUCAUAAGGCUUCUGUUUUAGUACUUUGAAUGUAUUUGCUGUACACUAUAUUUACACAUAAGGGUAAAGUAUUUGUAAAAAUUUGUGUUGUAUUGUGGAUAUGAUAUCCUAUAAUACUAUAAGCUAGUAUUGUAUGUCACAAGGGGAUGCAGUCAGGUUCUUCAAGCUGCUUCAUUGAUGUUUUCCUUUCUUAUAUAGAAACAUUUACGUUUUGCUGCCCUGUGGCUUGAGAUGGUAGGCUAUUGGCCAAAUCUUAGUUCAGUAGUAGUUCACUGAGUUGAAGUUUUAGCAUGAGUAAGUGAAAUAAAAAUAGCAAGAGUGCCAGUCUGAAGGCACCUUGUUUGGAGAAGCAAACUGACGAAUGAAAAUGCAUCGGAUUACAUUUUACAGCAUGAUGUAGCCUUUUUCAUGCCACUCUUAAAGAGAGAGACCAGCACAUCCUUUUUUGAUGUAUGUUUAAUAUGGGGUUGUUUUUACUCCAGCCAUACCAACCUUCAAAAGAAUCUUCCAAAGCAUAUCCAUAAUUUGGAGGCUUCCAUUGAAAAUUCUUUUUGCACAUAGAUGUGCUUGCAAAUAUUUCCCCUUGCUAUGUGUAACUGUAUAUUCUCUUAUAUUUCAAUAUAAUCUGCCUGUUGCAGUCAUCAGCAUUGCUGAAUCUUAGGUUUCACACACAUACUUCAUUAUGUACAGGGCUCAUGAAAUCCACUAGUCUACUUGUCUGUGAUGAGUUAUGCCUGACGAGUGAAAAAAUUCCUGACAAGUAAUGUACCAACAUAGCUCAAUGAGUAAAAAAAUUUUGUCUGGCUGGUGAAUGGAGCCAACAUUUCUUGACCCAUGAUUAGGUGCUUUAAUACGUGCUGACCAACUACUGGAACAGUCUCUCCUGAUAAGUUGCACAGUUAAGCAUGUCACAUUCUGCUUUCAUACUAUAGCAAGGAUGGCAUGACUUUUAUAGGCUCAUGCAGGAAACAACAGAUUUAUUUGGGUUGUCUGAAAACAAUAAUUAUGUGAUAGCUGAGAACAUAUCACCAACACUGGUCCAUGGGAUUACUUGUCUAGUUGCUUUUACGGUGGUAAAAUUAAAUUUAGUAUGUCCCAGUCCUUUUCUAAAUUAGCUCUGUUCAAUCUCCAGAGCUAGUUUGUCAUAUUUCAACAGAUAAUCAAAACAAAACCCUGUAUAAAUUUCAUUUUCAGGAUAAUAUAUUGGCUCUUUUUAUUUACUGUAUUUUCUGCUAGUCACCAGUGCAAAAGCACAAGUCUGAGCAGUUGAAUUGGUAGUUUCCACAACCUAUGAAGGCUGUCUAGGCAGGGUCUGGCUCACAAAUAUUGUGCUCCUUUGUAGGAAGAGUGGGAUAUAAAUGUACAAAUAAAAUAUAGAAAAUUAAAAAUGUGCUAGCUUUAUGGUGAAGGCAAGAAACAGCGGACGUUUUCUCCUGCUUUCUCUUGCCAUUUCCAUGCCCCAGAGCAAGGGAGAUGUGGGAGGGGAUGUGUGCUGGUGGACAUCCUUCUUGACAGUGGGCCAGAGAUGCUUGUCUGUAUUAAGUAGUUUUGUGGAUGCCUGUAUUUGGGAUGGGAGCCACUUUCUAAAAAUUUUUUUUUUUAAAGGAAGAAUUGGUUUAACCAAGACUGGCACUAAUGUCUAUGUGAAACUUUCACAUGGUAGAAUCUAUUUAUAAUCCUAUGAUUUAACUAAAGCAUGCAAUUAUUACAUUGGUUUGUGCCUUUAAUAGUUUGCGUUGAUGUCCUUCCUACAUCUGUUGUCAUUCCAUCAUGAACUGAAAAUGGAAACAUCCCUCCUUAGUUGCACUUUGCAGUCUAACCUUUUUAUAUUUUUUAGAAACAAAAUUGGCUAACCAGAUUAAUCUUCAGCUGAGGUUUCAGUGCUCACAAGACUAGCAAAUGCCUAUUGUCUCCCCCCCCCCAGCAGUUAAUUAACCCAUUGCACAGAUACAGUUCUCUUUUAACAAGGUAAUGCUUAGCUGCUAAGAUUUCAUCUUUUUUUCCUUAGGGUGGUGGGGGGACUCAAAUGAGUUAGAGGGACAGCUCUCUGAGCAGAUCCCUAGGUGUCAUAUCCAUAACUUUUCAUUUAAAAAGUCAAUACUGCCACAAUUUGAUUAAUGUUACUUAACUUCUGUUCCUAAUGUCCACCACCUGUUUCAAGUGAUACACUUCCUGAAGUACAUCCCAGGCAGAGGAAAGGAGGCAGUGAAAGAGGAUCUGCUCUCAAAGUACACUUGAUGAUUUUCUGCUUUACUCAGUGACAGGGUCAUUGAUCUGCUGUACUGACUUGCCUAAGCAUAAGGUGAUUUUUAAGUGGCAAGCUUGGACCAUUCAAACAGUGGAUUGUGUUACAAUUAAGCACUCCAAUCUGCCAUUUGUGGCUUCUUAGCUUUGAAAAUAAUUGUAGUGAGCCAUAUUGGUGAGUCCAAAGGGACAAAUAAGGCUCCUAAGCCUUAUGUUUGAUACCCCUGCUUUAGAGCCUGCUUUAAAAAAAUACCCUACCAAUAAUUAGAAAAUGAUCUUUAAAUGUAACUUUGCAAUCUCUUGUAUGUAUUUUUUCUUUCCUUUCACCUUGGCUACAAAUUCUCUCAGGUCUCCGCUGGCUCACCUACCAAGCCAUGGAUGUCGUUCGACGCACAACAGCCCAGUUCAUACUGCUACUGGCUCACGACUUACUCAGAACUUCUCUGUGUCUGUUCCCACUCUCAUCUACACUGGAUUCCUUUCAAUGAAGAUCCCAAUCCCAAUCCUCACUCAUCAGGACCCUCCACCCCUCUGAAAAACCAAAUCUAUUCCUUUUCACCUUCCAAGUCCUACAGUCGACAGUCCUCUUCUUCUGACACAGAUUUGAGUUUGACACCCAAAACUGGAAUGGGCAGUGGGAGUGCUGGAAAAGAAGGGGGGCCAUUAAAAGCUCUGUUAAGACAACAAACUCAGUCGGCUCUGGAGCAAAGGGAAUUUCCGUUUUUUACUUUGACGGCCUUUCCUCCAGGCUUCCUUCUCCAUGUAGGCGGUGUUGUCAGUGCCCGCUCAGUGAAACUCUUGGAUCGCAUCCACAAUCCUGAUGACCCAGAGACGCGAGAUGCGUGGUGGGCAGAAAUCAGACAAGAAAUAAAAUCCCAUGCCAAGGCUUUGGGUUGUCAUGCUGUAGUGGGCUACAGUGAAUCGACUAGCAUUUGUGAAGAGGUCUGUAUUUUGUCUGCAUCCGGCACAGCAGCUGUACUGAACCCUAGGUUUCUCCAGGAUGGCACCAUGGAAGUCUGUUUGGAACAAAGAUUAGAGGAGACGUCUCUGCCAGGCUGUGGCUUCUGCCACAUACCAUAUGAUGAGCUCAACAUGCCAUUCCCUGCUCACCUCACGUACUGUUGCAACUGCAGAAAGCAAAAAGUUCCAGAUGUCCUUUUCACAACAAUAGAUCUGCCUGUGGAUGCAGUGGUGGUUGGGAAAGGAUGUCUCAUUCAAGCCAGACUCUGUCGUCUGAAAAAGAAAGCUCAAGCUGAAGCAAAUGCAACCUCCAUUAGCAAUCUGCUGCCAUUUAUGGAAUAUGAAGUACACACUCAGCUAAUGAAUAAGUUAAAGUUGAAAGGGAUGAAUGCGCUUUUUGGGCUGAGGAUUCAGAUCACAGUGGGCGAAACAAUGUUGAUGGGGUUGGCUUCUGCUACAGCUGUGUAUCUGACUGCUUUACCAACUCCUGGUGGUAUUCAAAUUGCUGGAAAGACACCAAAUGAUGCUACUUACGAACAACAUAUAUCUCACAUGCAGAAGAAAAUUAAUGAAACAAUAGCCAAAAAUAAGGAGAUUUAUGAGAUUAACCCACCUGAGGCAUCUGAAGAAAUUAUAGGUUCUCCUAUUCCAGAACCAAGGCAGCGUACCAGACUGCUGAGAUCUCAGUCAGAAAGUUCUGAUGAGAUUAUGGAAUUGGAUCUCUCUCAUGGCAAGAAAGAUGCUUUUGUCUUGGAGAUUGAUGAUACAGAUGCAAUGGAAGAUGUUCAUUGUUUACUGACAGAUGUCCCUCCACCUUCAGGCUUUUAUAGCUGCAACACAGAAAUUAUGCCUGGUAUAAAUAACUGGACUUCUGAUAUACAGAUGUUCACAUCAGUAAGAGUCACCAGACUUACCAACGUUACCCUAACAAACCAAACACUCAACAAGACUUUUAAUGAUCUCUGUGAGAAUCUGCUAAAGAGUCUGUAUUUUAAACUUCGUUCCAUGAUUCCUUGCUGCCUGUGCCAUGUAAAUUUUACAGUUGCUCUUCCAGAGGAUGAACUAAUUCAGGUCACAGUCACAGCAGUUGCAAUCACAUUUGACAAACACCAAGCUUUACAAACGACUAAAACUCCAGCUGAAAAAACAUCACAAAGAGCUUCCACAGACAACGAAGAACAGCUACAAUUUCCACUGGAGCUUUCUUCUGAUCCUCUUGCUACUCAGUCAUUUUCCCCAGCUAAAGAGGACCUGGAGAAUGCAAGUUCCCACACAGGUAUACCAGCUGUCCAAAGAGCAACGUCAGUUGAUUACAGUUCCUUUGCAGACAGAUGCAACAGCUGGAUAGAAUUCAUUAAACUGAAAGCUCAGACCAUAAGGCGCGGAUCAAUUAAGACAACCAUUUCUCUUGACAAGCCAAGUCCACUGACUGAAGGACAAUCACGUAAUCGUUCUGGUCCAUCCGGCAUUAAUUCUACUGUGCCAGUUGUUAAGAUGACACCUCUUUCUUUUAUUCCUGGGGCAAAAAUAACCAAAUACCUUGGAAUCAUCAACAUGUUUUUUAUACGAGAAACUACUUCUUUACGAGAGGAGGGUGGCGUGAGUGGCUUCCUGCACACGUUCAUCGCUGAAGUGUUUGCAAUGGUGAGGGCUCAUGUAGCAGCACUCGGGGGAAACGCUGUGGUCUCAUACAUCAUGAAGCAGUGUGUGUUUAUGGAGAACCCAAACAAAAAUCAGGCACAGUGCCUGAUAAAUGUAAGUGGAGAUGCGGUAAUCUUUGUACGUGAAUCUGAUGUAGAAACAGCACCAGUCCAGCUCUCCAAUGCUGGUUCACAACCCAUGGGUUCAAGAGAUAUUGCAACAUGAAGAAAUGGGCUCCAAUCAGACACAGAGAUAUCUCUUCAAAGCAUCAGGCAGCGUGGCUUUGAUUAGUUUCUUCCCAGUCAGCAAAGACCAGCUACAUUUUGAGGCAACCAGUAACUAUUACCCAUCAAACUUCGGAAGAUCCAGGGAGCCUUUUAACAAGCCUCUGUGCACAUGAAAGAGCAUCUGCCAAAAGGAAGAACUUAAUCAGCAGGUGCUUCUCAAAACUGAAGCCAUCAGGAUCUUGCCCUGAGUUUCAUAGGGCCAAGACAAAAUCUAGCUUGGAAACACUCUCAGACACAGACAUUGCAACUUCUCGGUUGUGGGGAGGGCUUUAGAACACAACUGGGAUAAUCUAAAUAUCUCCUGCCAAAUAUGCAACAUUCACAGUAAACUUAGCUUUUGGGAUCCUUGAGAAUAAAAGGCACCAUGAGCUUGAACAAUCUAGGUUUAGCUGCAUGUCCAAAUAUGUUUUCCAUGUUUGUGGACCAUUGUAUAUUUUUCUAUCAUACUUUUAUUUAAUUUUAAAUUGCUGAACAUGAUUGUGGUAAAAACUCAUGCGGUUCAGAUACUAUUAACAUUUGAUGUUCUGGGAACAAAAGUGAGAGAAGAAAACCUGCUGUCAAAGACAAUAACACCCCAGCUGUGUAUGAGGAUAAAAUCAGGAUUUUGUAUUUGGCAGAUUACAAAUACCAGAAUACUGGAGAAACAGCCUUAUUGUAGAGGGGCCACCAUCCAUAAGUGACUGCAAGUCUAGUAUCUGCAAAGAUGAAAGUUACUGUGGUAAAUAGAAAAAAGUCAUUUCCAUUCACCAGGAAGGAUUUGAUAAAAAAGAUUAGAAUGUGGAUUUGAGAUUUUGGUGGUAAUGGGUGCAGUCUUAGAUUGCCAUAUAUGUGGGUUCGGGAUAAGCACACAAGCAGAAGCAUUGUGCAAGGUUCUACUGCAGGCAUCACUUCAUGGAACAGACAAACCCCUUUUCCAUUUAAAGCUGUCUUGUCUGAUUGGGUGGUGAUCAGCUACAGGAAAUGUUUCAAAAUACCUCCUGAGGCAUGUGUGCUUAAAUCCCACUCUCACAAACAUAGCUAUAUAGGAGUACAGCCAAAGUGUUUUCAUGGCAUCUAUAUGGAACUUGAAGAAAACAGGUAAACUUGAAUGUAAAUAGGUGACUUUUUGCUGGAUCUAGGUACAUAAGUGAUGUGUGUCCAGUUCAGAUAUUCAUUGUAAAUGAGCAUGAAGAAAAUAACAUUCCUGUUUGGAUAACAAAGCAUCUUUAUUUAAAAAGA